AUGUCUCAGCUCAUCAACCGACUCUUGAAACCAUCUGUCUGCAAAAAUGUCAUCAGAUACAACAACACGAAGGUUCGGAUGUUCUGCUCUAAGCCAACACACCCGUACUUGUUGAUUGACCACCUCCUUAAGACCAACAAGUACUCUCACAAUGAUCAAGUAUACUACGAUGAUAAAUACAAAGAGAAACUCGUGAUUAAGGACAAGGGACUCCGAGAAGAGGUCCGAGUGGCGAUGACCGAUGGAAUUCCACAUAAUAAAGAUGGAUACAGAGUUACCUUGGAGAAACCGGAGGGUAAUGAUUCAACAAAUCUCAUGCUGGUCAGUAACACACCAUCUGACUCGGUCAAACUCCAUCUACCUCCUCUGCCUAGUAGUUCUCGAAUCCAGAACGUGGCAGUGUCCAACUCUCGUAACAUGAGGAAGCAUGAACUGGUAGUGGCGGUCAAGUUAUUGGGAUCUGACGUGUAUCUGUGCGAGCCCUUCAGCGGCUCUUGCUCUCGAUGGAUCAACUUCGAUACCUCUGGUUCUGUACACCCUUUCUCGAGUCUAAUGUAUUCAAAGAAGAACAAAAAGUUUCUCACUGUUUGUCCUUCUGGACAGUACUAUUGGUCCUUGGAUCUCCACGCAAAGGAGAAGGAAGAUUUCGAACCCAAGUUCCACUACUUGUCUAAGUGUAAUCAAACGGACCAUGUAAGUAAGGUGCUUCGGACGAAUUUGGAAGAGUUCAUCUGGUGUUCCAGAACGGACCACUUCGUGGAGUCCCCCUCCGGCGAACAUUUCCUCGUCAAAUGGUACCUAAUAACUUAUAUUUUUAUGCACAAGUUUGGUAAUUUAGGAACAAUCUUCCAUACAACAAAAGGGUUUUUGGUGUUUAGAGUAGAUACAAUUUGCGGUGACUUGGUUUACACGGAAGACAUUGGAGAUCUUUGUAUCUUUCUUGGACAUAAUGAAGCAUGCUGUGUCCCGGCAAGCUCGUCUCCUGGACUCAGGCCUAACUAUAUCUAUUAUGUGGGCCGUAACUUUGGUGUUCACGACAUCGCAGCCGAUAUUAGCACUACCUUCUUCACAAAAGAUAACCUUCCAUUAACAUCAACUGAGUUCCCUUACUGGCCUGCUCCAUCCUCUUACUAG